CUGCUGUCAUCAACAACAACAACAACAACAACAACUGAAGGCGGCGGUGGGAGUUGGGCCCGGAGUCUAAGUCGAAAUCGUUGUGUGGUUUCCGAGCACCCGCACUUUACCGUAGAAGAAUUCCUGUUUCUGUCACCAUGGCUACAGAGGACUCAGGGUCUCCAUCAAAAUCUAUGUGUAAAAUCAUGACUUUCCAGCCCACAAUGGAAGAGUUCAAGAAUUUUUCGAAAUAUAUUGCAUAUAUGGAAUCUCAGGGUGCACAUAGGGCUGGCCUCGCAAAGGUGAUUCCACCAAAAGAUUGGAAACCUAGAAGAAACUAUGACAACAUUGACAGCUUGGUUAUUCCUGCUCCAAUUCAACAAAUGGUCACUGGGCAGUCUGGUCUCUUUACCCAAUACAACAUACAGAAAAAACCGUUGACCGUAAAGGAAUUCAGAUGCUUGGCCAAUAGUGAUAAAUACUGUACUCCUCGACACUUAGAUUAUGAAGAUCUUGAACGUAAAUACUGGAAAAAUUUGACCUUUGUAGCACCAAUCUAUGGAGCAGAUGUCAGUGGCAGUCUUUAUGAUGAGGAUGUUGAUGAGUGGAAUAUCAGUCGUUUGAAUACAAUUUUGGAUGUGGUAGCAGAAGAAAGCGGCAUUGCUAUUGAAGGUGUAAAUACACCAUAUUUGUACUUUGGCAUGUGGAAAACAACAUUUGCUUGGCAUACUGAAGAUAUGGAUCUGUACAGCAUUAACUAUCUGCAUUUUGGAGAGCCAAAAUCUUGGUAUGCAGUACCUCCUGAACAAGGGAAGAGGCUGGAACGUCUUGCACAAGGUUUCUUUCCAAGUAGUUCCCAAGGAUGUGAUGCUUUCCUACGUCACAAGAUGACCCUUAUCUCUCCAUCCAUACUCAAAAAGUAUGGCAUUCCUUUUGAUAAGAUUACACAAGAAGCAGGGCAGUUCAUGAUCACUUUUCCCUAUGGGUACCAUGCUGGCUUCAAUCAUGGGUUCAACUGUGCUGAGUCAACAAACUUUGCCACCAUUCGAUGGCUUGAUUAUGGAAAAAUAGCUAAACAAUGUACCUGCCGGAAUGACAUGGUGAAGAUAUCUAUGGACAUCUUUGUAGAAAAAUUUCAACCAAGCAGGUUCACGCUGUGGAAACAAGGGAAGGACAUUCAAACUAUUGAUCACACAAAACCCACGCCAGAAUCAACUCCUGAGCUAGAGGCUUGGCAGAAACAAAGAAAGGCUACACCAAGGAAAUCUGGAAUGUCUUUGAGGAGUCUGUAUCAGUUGAGAACGCGAUCUAAAAAGCUAAAAUCUCUAGAAGAUGAAACAGCAUCAAGCAAGCUUAUGACUAAAGAAGCAACUGAAACCGAAACAUUUGCUAAUGCUACUAAUAUUAAAGAAGAGCCCAGGAGUGGAACACAGAAAGAACAGACUAGCAAUACAGAAGUAACGAGUACUGGAGAAGGUAGUGUUGUAGCAAUCCAGUUGGAUCAGAAACUCUUGGAUAAAGAUCAGCUACCAGAGACUAAUACCAAUCUUGCCAGCACCAAAUGCAAAAAUAAAGGUAAUGGAAAGAGAAAACUGGAUGACAGUUUAUCACUAACAUCAAUGGAUACGUUUGGUGCAGUCAACAAUUCUUCAGAACGUACACAUGUUGGCAUUAAAGUGGACAGCAGCACAGCCAAGGAUCCGCCAAUGUGUAAAGAGGAAGAUGUGUUCCAUGAGAAGGCCAAAAUAUGUCAGAAAUCAUUUGAUAAUAUUGCCACAGACACUGAACAGAGCUGCUGGAAACGACGUGAAACAAGCAGUGUCUCCACAGAGGAGGAAACUAGCGAAACAGAGUGUGGAGAAAAUGGCUUAGAGCCUGGAGAAAUACCAAGUUUUCCAGAGCAAUUAAUCAGACGUGUAGGGAAAAAAAAAUCUACCAAGAGUCGGCGGCAUCCAUUGUGCAAACCACCUGCUAGAUCUCCAUCAACUCUGGUGAAACAAGAAUUGAUAAGUGAUGAAGAAUUGAUUGAUUCCACAUCCAAUGAAGAAGAGGUAAAUGAAACUCAGCCUUGGGCCAAACCUCUUGUCCAACUCUGGCAGAAUAAACCACAUAAUUUUCAAGCAGAAAAGGAAUAUAAUGAAGAAGUCUCGAAAAUGGAACCAUAUUGUGCCGUUUGUUCACUUUUCUUUCCUUAUUACCAGCCUGAUCAUCUCAUUGAAAGCAAAUCUGAAAUCAAAACUGAUACAACUGAAUUGUCACCGUCCAAGCAACAUAAAACUAAACCGCUUAUUCCAGAAAUGUGCUUUUCAUACAGUGAAGAAAAUAAUGAUCUCUAUCCCACCAAUUCAUUUAUUGAAGAGGAUGGAACUAGUUUACUGAUAUCCUGUACAAAGUGCGGUCUACAAGUUCAUGCAAGUUGUUAUGGUGUUCCUCUUCAUGAAAUCCACGAUGGUUGGACUUGUUCUCGUUGUAUGAUUGGUGCUUGGACAGCAGAUUGUUGCUUGUGUAAUUUGAGGGGUGGUGCACUUAAGCAGACUACUGAUAAAAGGUGGGCUCAUGUGAUGUGUGCAGUAGCAAUUCCAGAAGCAAGAUUUGUGAAUGUGAUGGACCGUAGUCCAGUGGAUGUCACCCGAAUCCCUUUGCAAAGAUUGAAGCUCAAAUGUGUCUUUUGUAGAAAGAGAGUUAAGAAGACUUUGGGUGCUUGCAUUCAGUGUUCAUAUGGACGUUGCCCAACAUCCUUCCAUGUAACUUGUGCCCAUGCAGCUGGAGUCAUAAUGGAACCAGAUGACUGGCCAUAUGUAGUCCUCAUCACAUGCUUCAGACACAAGACAAAUCUCAGUGUAAAAAGCAAAACCUUAUUUCAAGACUUAACAGUUGGGCAGACAGUUAUCUCUAAACAUAAGAAUGGGCGAUACUAUAGUUGCAGAGUGACUGGGAUUUCGUCACAGACCUUCUAUCAAGUUAUAUUUGAUGAUGGUUCCUUCAGUGAUGACCUGUACCCAGAAGACAUUGCUAACAAAAAUUGUUUAGAGCUUGGUCCUCCAGCAGAAGGAGAAAUUAUCCAGGUGAGAUGGACUGAUGGACUGCUCUAUGGAGCCAAAUUUGUAGCAUCAAACAUUAUUUACAUGUACCAGGUUGAGUUUGAAGAUGGUUCCCAACUUGUAGUAAAACGUGAUGAUGUUUAUACACUAAGUGAAGAGUUACCAAAGCGGGUCAAAUCUCGACUUUCUUCAGCAUCAGACAUGCGCUAUGAAGCUACAUUUUCCACGGAGAACAUUCAGGCGAAGAAGCGCCCGAGGGUCCUGAAUUCCAAGUUCAUGAACGAAUAUGUGGAUGAUCCUGGUUAUCGUACUUUCUUGGGAAACUUCUUCCAAACACAUUGCCGUCAAGGACAAUAAAAUCAUGCUGACAGCCAAAAAGAGAGCUAUUUUGAUCAGGACAUUGAAUAAAAAGGCUGACAGAUCUUUUGGAUACAGUAACUUGCAGUAUAUUGCAUUGUAAUACAAAUUUUAAGUGAAAGUUGAGGAAUUGAAGUUAAUCUAUUUCUGUCAUAUAAUGGACGUAAGGCCUCCCUCCAUCCCCAUCCCCCAAUCUCUUUUGAAGAACAUAAAGGGACGAAGAAAUAUCUGGAAAUUUCUUCUCAGAACAAGAACUUUUACUGAUAUGAAUGAUUUUUCAUGUCUCUCAAAAAUAGGUUCCUAUUUUGGGCCUACAUAAAAAAAACAUGCUUAUGUGUACUAAAAUAUUUUUAUAUUAUUAUUGCUACGGUUUCCAGUGCAUUUGUUGUGUUUGUUUGUAGCCUUUUAAUUUUAUUGACACUGUUACAGAACCCCUCUUAUUCAGUUCUUUCGCAUUUAUUCAGCUGAACUUUGCAAAAGAGAAAGAAAACACCCAUUGCUACCUGAUGGCAGGGUUUUUUUAUAUAUUUAAUAAAAGACAGAUAAGUGACAGAUAGUUUGCAAACAAGUACGUUAUGUUAUUUUGUACUCGUCAGUUAUAAAAGAAACGCUUGAGGGUUUUUAAAUUAUCAGGAAUGCUGUUCUAUUCUGUAAAACUAAGUAUCUGUUUUCUCAAUGAGGUAGAACACAAGAAUCCAGCAGCAUUUUUGAAGUAGACAUUAAGGAUGUUUAGUAAGAAUACUUUGCCUCACUUAAUGCUUUUCCUUUACCAUUUAGGUGAGCAAGUUGUUAUGGAGUAUGGGUCAUCCCCACUCAGGAUAAAGGGUUUAUACUUGAGCGAUUAGCUAUAGCAAAGGCAUGUGAAGUUCAAAUCAUUUGAAGUGCUCUUUAAAACCAGGAAUCACAGCUCCUGUAUUAUAGCUGUUUGGUGUAAUUGUUACCUUAUGGUUAUUUAGUGUGAUUUUCCUCUUUAAAUACACUAAAGUUUAUAAAUGGGCAGAGUAGAAUAAAACUGCCAGCAUUGAUUAUCUUCUGGUCUUUUGAAUUCAUCAAUUCUGCAGAAUUUUUUUUGUUCAGCAGUACUGCAGCAGAAAGGGUUUAUUUGUCUGUGACUGCAUUUGCAGCUUUUAAUAAGAGAAUGCAUGUGGCUUUCUAUAACUCGUAGUAUGUGAUCUGAAUUGCUGCCUUGGCACUAUCAAGCAUGUUUUGCCUUAAGGAAUUAAAAUAAAUUGCAGUGUGUUUCACACAGUUUUGCACAGCACCUCCUAGAAGAAAGUCUGCAUUUCGAGCAAAAUUUAAGCCAUAAUGCCUGUUAUAGCUUUGAACAGCAAAUUUGAACCUCCUGUGCUUUUGAACCUAUUCUCAUUCAAAAUCUCCUUUUCAAAAGUACUUACCAACAUGCCUGUCAAUUACUUCAUUGAGAGAGACUUUUUGGAAUAUGAUUCCUGUAGUUUUAAAAAUAUAAACUUGAUUCGAUGCUACUUAUCAACGAAGAUAAUUGACUGAACAUAAGAGUGAGGAUUUAUAAUGCAAAACUCAGACCACGGUUAAGCAUGUUUUUUCACCUCAGUGACCUAAUUUUAAUUCCAGCUCAAAUUAAUACAAUGAAAGUUUUAGGCAUCCAUACAUUUUAUCUCCUUGAGGUUGUAUCUCCAUAAGGAUGACAACCUCAUCCACAGCGCCAACUACAAACCUUCUCAAAGUUUAAAAAAAAUUAUCUCCUUCGUUGGUCUGAAGCAUUAUGACAUUGUUUAUUCUACAUUAAAGGUUAUAUGAAAGCAAAUUGUUUGUUGAACACUCCUGUUGAGAAGAACCAACAGUUAAAAUGCACAACCAACAAUUGCUAAGAAAAAGGCCUUAAUAGUGAUAUAGACAGUGGAACGGAUUGUUGGGAUAUAGGCAGAAGAUUUACCUUCCGUGUGUCCUGUACAGUACCUGACCUUGCAGUAUUUGUUGCUGACUUUUGUUUCUAAAAUUUUAUAAGGCUUGGUACUGUUCACCUUAAUAAUCAAAAAUAAAGUACAAGAGUAUAGACCAAGGAAAAUAUACUAUAUUGCUAUGUUUACAAGACAUGAAAAAGAUCCUAAAUUCUUUUAAAAAUUAUUCUAGUUUAAAUUUUAGAAUAAUCACUGACUGUCGAAACCAUGUCACCAAUCUGAAAUUGAUGCAAAUUGACCACAGUUUCUGGAAGGAUUAUAAUUAUAAUUAUCAGUUGUCGUAUUUGAACCUGGAUAUAACCUCAUGGAAUGUUGCACCCUUGCAUUGUGUGGAUCUUACAGUCCACAAGAAUAAAGUGCAGCCAUUGAGAUGUGUCACACAGCCAGAUCUGAAUGAAAGCGAGCUAUUGAAACCCAUUAUUCCGAAGUGGUGGUAACAGCUCUUCAUUGCUCUUGUAGGAAAGAACAAAUGUCCUGGCCAGAGAUGGAGGCCAGUUGUUUCACAGAAACUGCCUUGUUAAUUUUGAAACCGAUUCAUCCAGGAACUGUCACAUAACCAAAGUUGAUCUUUGUAAAACAUUUUGUUUGUAAUUCUAAACUACUUGUGUCUGGUAACAAGUAAUAUACCGUUAACAUCAAGUCAGUCUGCUAGGUAUCUAACAGAUGACACCAAAUCAGACAUCACCCUGAGUUAAUCCUAGCUCUGGCCUAAAUCCUCUUCAAAUUCUCUUGAUUCUGGAAAAAUUCUAGAGGAUUGGGAAAAUGCUAAUGUAAUGCUCUUAUUUAGAAAGAGCCAGAAAGAAGGAAACUAUAGACCAGUUAGAUUAACACCUGUCUUUGGGAAAUUAUUUGAAUCCAUUAUUAAGGAGGUGGUGGUGGGACACAUCUUUGGACUGAGGGAGGAAACCAGAGCACCAAGUGGAAAUCCACACUGACAUGGGGAGAAUGUGCGUACUGCACACAGAGAUUACCCAAGGCUGCUAACCGCAGAGCCACCAUGAUAUCUAAUGAUGUGCAAGUUAGGUGGAUUGGCCAGUAAAUUGUCCCAUAGUAUCCAGGGGUCUGCAGGCUAGGUGGAUUUGCCAAUGUAAAGAUUGAGUACGGGCAUAGGGUAGAGGCUGGCUCUGGGUGGUAUGCCCUUCAGUGGGUCAUUAUCGAGCUGAUGGAAUGAGUAGCCUGUUUCUGCACUGGAGGGAUUCUAUGACACUUGGAAAGCCAAAAUAUAAUCCAUCAGAGUUAUCAUAGUUUUAUGAAGGGUAAAUGAUGUUUCACUAAUUCGCUAGAGUUUUUAUUUGAUGAUGUAGCAAACAUAAUCAGUCCUUUAGAUAUUGUAUGUAGUGUAUCUCGAUUUCCAGAAGGGACUUGAUAAGAUGUUGUGCAAGAGGUUAUUUUGCAUGGUAGGACCUUGUAUGGUUAGUGGUAAUAAGUUAGCUUGCAUAGAAGAUUGACCAACUGUCAGAAAGCAGAGAGAUUGGAUAAAUGUUUUUUUUUUCUCUCUGGUUGGCAAACUGUAACUAGCGAAGUGGCCCUCGAGUCCCAACUAUUUACAAUCUAUUAAUGACUUGGAUACAGGGAUAAAGUAUACUAUGACCAAAUUUGCAGGUGACGCUAAAAUAGGUGGGAAAGUUAGUUGCAAUAAAAAGGCAAUUUCUCUAAAUGGAGAGAAACUGCACAAGGUAUUGGUAAGACCACAUAUUGGUUCCAGUUUUGGUCCCCUUGAGGUGGGAUGCAGUUGCAUUGGAGCUGGUCGGAGGAGGCUCACUUGACCGAUUCCUUUGAGGAGAUGAGCAGGUUAUGCUUAUACUUAAGGUAACAAGGUGUAGAAAUGGA